GGAUGCAACUGACAGUAGAUAUUGUGUUCAAAAAUUGGCGAGAUCCCAAGGAUGAAAAGAACUGAAAGGCCCCUUGACUGUAAGCUGCGGACUCUAUCGUCGAUUCGGAUGUGCGCCACGCUACUUUUAUCACAAUACAACGCUUGGCAUUGACAUCGACUCGGAUAACAUUGGCACAAGUCAUUACAGGCUCACAGGCGUGUCCGAGUUAAUCGCUGCAUCGAAUGAAUACAAUUGCCAGACAUUUGGCCUUUCUAGCAGGCCAAAGCACCGACGAGGAAAAGUUUUCAAGUGACUAUACCCUCGUUCUUUUAUUACCGUAUGCUGUGCAUGGUACCCAGCUUAUGUUCUUGCAAAUAAAAGCUGGUCUGGUGAUCAUGGUUCGAGGAACGGUUAUCUUGUGGUAUUUUUGCUGCUUCUUUUCGUCGUUCUUGUACACGCUUAUCUGCAAACUCUCUCAUGUCGUCGAGGCUUAUCUCUGCAACUGUGCGUCCUGCUCAUAUCAUGCUAACGUUAACAUCGUCACACGACAGCGGCCACCGCUUGGGAUAUGUCAGAUCCAGGGGCUGGCUUAUUGCCAAAGAUAUGUCAGAGGGCUUUUGGUCGUCAGAGAUGACUCGGAGAAUCAGUAUCGAAGAGUGCGAAUCAACCAACGACGUAUACUAGUCACUAAGUCAGUACUAGUCAAGCCAUUGCUGUAAAUGCACAUGACUCCAU